UUCCCGCACCCAUCCGAACACGCCACCCCUUUUCUCGGCAGCUUGUGGACCGUGACCGGCGACCGUAGAUCACACCGGCAAACUCCGCCAAAAUGGCAGUCCACCGCCUUUGCCACCCAAGCCUCACCAACCCCCCGCGAGUCCGCGACGCUCCCCCAGAGCGGCCAGCGCGGCAGCGCGUACGCGGCUAGUUGGCUGCGGCAGACGGCUCCCGCGCCGCGCGCGACCCACCACCAAGGGACAGGGACCAGGCCCCCGCGCCGCGCCGCGCGCCGAGGCGAGCGGAGCGGUACAGGUAGUAGGUGGCUGGGCUCGCGGGGCCGUCUCGUCGUCCCGUCCCAUCCCUCCCAAAACCGGGGGCCCUUCUUUUUCUACGGCUCCCAACCCCGCCCCACCACCAAAGCUCCUCCCGUAGUCCCGUCCCACCCUUCUGCGCUCUGCGCCAACGAACUCGUCGUCCGUCGUCGAGUCAAACCGCGCCCGGAGCCACCAGCGACCAACCAACCAACCGAGCGCAUGGAGGCCGCGGCGGCGACCGCGCUCCCGUUCGCGGCGGGGUCUGCGGCGGCCUUCCCCGCUGCCGCGGGGAGGGUGCGGCGGGCGGCGAGGUGCGCGCGUCCGCGGACGCGGCGGUCCGUGGUGGCGAAGCUGGAGGGCGGGCUCGGGAAAGGGGUGCCCACAACCAACUACGUGGUGCCGCUCGACAAGGCCACCGGGAUGACCCGCCCGCUCGUCGAGAUCCUGCGGGACCUCAACAAGCGCGUCCCGGACAAGAUCAUCGACCCCGACACCGACACCGUCCACUGGUACCAUGCCAACAGAAUGCUUAGCUUCUAUGCACCAGGUUGGUGUGGAGAAGUUCGUGAUGUUAUCUAUUCUGAGAAUGGAACUGUAACCGUGGUAUAUCGGGUGAUACUUAAAGGAACUGAUGGAGAGGCAUACAGAGAUGCCACGGGCACAGCACAGGUCCAUGAGGGGCGCAGAGAAGAUGCUGUUGCUGCCGCAGAGGAAGCUGCAUUCUGCAAAGCCUGCGCACGGUUCGGUUUUGGCCUGUACCUGUACCACGAGGAUGAUACUCAUCACGAAGACCACUUCCAUUGAGGCUCAGUCUGCAUCAGAGUUGAUCAUAAGUUGCAACGUGCGCAGGAUAUGCACCAGGAGAACUUCAUGCCCAGAAUCAAUUUUUGCUCUUUGCGUAGUAUCAUAUUCACAAGCGACAAGGCAUGCUUCCACCUGCAUGUGAUUGUAGAUACAAAGAAGCCUGUAACUUGUUUUUGUUGCUCUCGCUGGUGGCUCGGUGCCAUCCUGCAAGAACCUAUGAACCUAUCCAGAUAGGAAAUCAGUAUGGAAAUUCUAUUGUUGCCUACUUACCUGAUUGUAGUAUUCCUUCAUCU